AGGAAAUUGAAACGAUUGGAGUUUUAAUUCGUAUUUGUAAGCUAUGUUAAAAUAGAUAGCUAACGUUACCCGUACUCCGUUUGCUGACUGUAGAGUAGGGGGUUGUUUUAUAUUGUUUAUAGCCAUAGUCUACCUACUAGCUUAAGGCCUUUCAUCGAUUGGUGCCAGUUUCACGUUUUUUGACAUAUUCCACGUAGUUAUUUUCUUUCUGUCAUAACGGUGCAUUGAAUCUUCAUUUCGUCUGUCUGUAAUAUGAUGUGUUUUUUUGUCAGGGAGCAAUCACUAGUUCGUUUGGUUCCCGGCCUUAUAGCUAACAUUAGCUGGUUAUUUUUGAUGGAAGGUUGCUUGACCGAGUUUGGGAAGCACGACGCAUCUCAGCCAUAAUUUACUAAUUUAACGUUAAUUACAAAUGUAACUAAGCGAGCUAACUUAGAUGGACCCGGUUUGCUAUUCAGUGUAUUAGCUAUCUAGCGUCUAACAGCUAAAUCGCUGGCUGUCUGCUUGGUAGUUUGAGGGAUUAUACAAGAAUACUCCUUACUAUUUAACGAUCUAUAUCUUGCUAAGUUAGUUAGCUCUUUAAUGCAUGUCAUUAGCCUACCUAAUAAUGCUAUAUGGAAAUUAAAACCGCAAGUUUUAAUAGCACCGCCCCUGGUUUAAAAUAAAGCAGGACGCACGAUUUGUGCAACGUUCCUCAAUUUACUGAGCUAGCCGGUACAUUUUGUGCCCAACUAGCUUUAGAUGUGGUUAAAUGUUAUGUACCGGCCAUUACUACCUACCCACUAAACUAACUCUACCUUAACUAACGUUAGUUAAUUGUGUAACGAGCGACAGGAAUAUAUCCUGAACGACACCCAGCUAGACUGGAAGGAAAGUAAGGAAUUGGUGUGGUAUCCUGUUGACAAUCCACAGAAUAUGUAUUGAACAGAAACUGUAGCCUGCACAGCCAAUCCAGCACCGUGCGAUAUUUUCAUCUUCAUAUUUAAUUCUCCCGGAGUAUGUAAACGCUGGAACGAAUGAGCUGGGACAACAUUUGGAGAGAAAACCCCCCCAAAAUGGAAACUUGUUGGAGGACCCGGCCAUUCCGGAGUACAGCAACCUUUAUGACAAUUGUCGGCCGAAUGUCGCUGCUGGUUUUGGGGCUGCACUCUGUGAUUGUUCUCGGCCCGGUCACUGCCACUCAGAGUGAGGAGCGCGAGUGUGCCUUCAGAGACCAGCAGCAUCAGUUUGACGAGCAGCACGUGGGCGAGGAUGGGCGGGGCCCGCCGGAGAACGCCACCGUCCGCUGCAGCAAGGGCAGCCGCUGCUACGGCCUGUGGGGGAAGACGAGCGACGGGGAGAUCCGCCUCGUCAAGCAAGGUUGCUGGGGUCACAUCAGCGAUCACCAGAUGUGCCACGAGGACCGCUGCGUGGUGACGACCACGCCCUCGCUGAUCCAGAACGGCACCUAUCGCUUCUGCUGCUGCAGCACUGACAUGUGCAACGUCAACUUCACAGAGGACUUCCCUCCACCGAGGCCCACCAAUGCGCUGCCGCUCUACGCACGUCCCCUUUACCGGGAGGAGGCCAUCAUCAUCGCCAUGGCAUCCGUUUCCCUAGUGGCCGUUCUCAUCGUUGCUCUUUUCUUGAGCUACCGCAUGCUGACAGGAGGCGGUAAGCAAGGCCUCCACAACGUGGACACGAUGGAGGCGGCCGUCUCCGAGCCCUCGCUGGACCUGGACAGCCUGAAGCUGCUGGAGCUGAUUGGCCGCGGCCGCUACGGCUCGGUCUAUAAAGGCUCUCUGGAUGAGUGCCCCGUGGCGGUCAAGGUGUUCGCUUCCGCCAACCGGCAGAAUUUCGUGAACGAGCGCGCCAUCUACCGGAUCCCCCUGCUGGAGCACGACAACAUCACACGCUUCAUCGUGGGCGACGAGCGGCUGGCGGCUGACGGACGUACGGAGUACCUGCUGGUGAUGGAGUACUACCCCCAUGGCUCUCUGUGUCGCUACCUGAGUCUACAGACAGGAGACUGGGUCAGCUGCUGCCGCCUGGCUCACUCUGUCACGCGGGGCCUGGCGUACCUGCACACGGAGCUACUGAGGGGAGACGUGUACAAGCCGGCGGUGUGUCACCGAGACCUGAACAGCAGGAACGUUCUGGUGAAGAGGGAUGGCACGUGUGUGAUCAGUGACUUCGGCCUGUCCAUGAAGCUGACGGGGAACCGUCCGACACGACCCGGAGAGGAGGAGAACGCGGCCAUCAGUGAGGUAGGGACAAUCCGCUACAUGGCGCCGGAGGUGCUGGAGGGAGCGGUGAACCUGCGGGACUGUGAGUCCGCGCUGAAGCAGGUGGACAUGUACGCCCUGGGGCUCAUCUACUGGGAGACCUUCAUGCGCUGCUCUGACCUCUUCCCAGGGGAAGCUGUGCCCCCCUUCCAGAUGGCCUUCCAGGCAGAGGCAGGGAACCACCCCUCCUUCGAGGACAUGCAGGUGCUGGUGUCCCGGGAGAAACAGAGACCCAAAUUCCCUGAAACCUGGAAGGAGAACAGCCUGGCGGUGCGCUCUCUGAAGGAGACGAUGGAGGACUGCUGGGAUCAGGACGCUGAGGCGCGGCUCACAGCGCAGUGCGCAGAAGAGCGCAUGGCGGAGCUGCUGCUCAUCUGGGACAGGAACAAACCAGUCAGCCCCACCCUCAACACCACCAGCACAGCGCUGCAGAACGAGAGGAAUCUGUCUCACAACCGCAGGGCACCGAAGAUGGGGCCAUACCCAGAGUACUCUUCCACCUCCUACAUCGAGGAGCACGAGGGCAUGGUAAAGAACCUGCCCGGCGACCUCUCCGCCUCAGGCACCUCCGCAGUGAGCGGGGUGGGGAGUGGGGGCGUUGGCAGCUGGACAUCUGGGGCUGGGGAGAAGAACCGGAACUCCAUCAACUAUGAGCGUGAGCAGCAGCAGGCCCAGUGCCGGUCCUCACCAGACACCGGCAACACCGCCUCAGAGGCGAGAUACCCAGAAGGGCCAGCAAGGGGCGCUGUGUCUGUGUGUCUGCCUCUCACCCAGGAGGACCUGGAGACCACCAAGCUGGACCCCAAGGAGGUGGACAAGAACCUGAAGGAGAGCUCGGACGAGAACCUGAUGGAGCACUCCCAGAAGCAGUUCAGCGGGGUCGACCCGCUACGUGCCAGCAGCUCUGGCCUGCUGUACCCCCUCAUCAGGUUGGCGGCUGAGGCGACAGGGGGGGCAGCCGUCGGAGGGAGGCCCGAGUUUCGGCCAGGCGACACGCCGGCGGCCAUCAUCCCCCUGCCUAAGCAGCAGAACCUGCCGAAACGGCCUGCUGCCCUGACCGCCGGCGCCAACCCCGCCGAGUCCUCCCGCCUGAAGCUCAGCGAGCGCAAGUCCAACCUGAAGCAGGCGGAGACGGGCAUGGCCAGAGUGAGCAGCGUCUCUGCUGCCGGAGGGGGUCCGUAUGGGAGCAGGAGCCCAGUGGGGCCUCCGGGGGCCGCCGCAGCACCUGCGCUUCAGAGCCAGCUGAGCGCUGAGGAGGGCCACCUGAACGUCAGCGUCACCUCCAGCCCGGACGAGCUGGAGCCUCUGCUGAGGCCAGACCCGCACCAGCGCGGCGGCCGCUCCAACUCCAACAACAACAACAGCAACAACAACAACGGUGACGGGAACAGUAAUGACGCUACCGCUAGCAACGGCGGUAAUGGGAACAGCAACGGCACUACCGGCGGCAGUAGCGGUAACGGUAACAGUAAUGGGACUACUGACAGUGACAGCGGUAACAGGAACAGUAAUGGUGCUACCGCCAGCAAUAGCGGUAAUGGGAACACUAAUGGCACUACUGCCAGCAAUAGCGGUAAUGGUGCUGUCGCCAGCAACAGUGGAAACGGGAACAGCAAUAGCAAUGGCACUACCGCUGGCAAUGGCGGUAACGGGAACGGUAAUGGGACUACCGCCAGCAACAGGGUUGGCACUAGUGAGGGCACCUGUCCCCCAACAGAGGAUGCUGAAGCUCCUCCGGCCUCCGCCCCUGUGCCCCCUGAACCCCAGGAGGCCCAGCUGAGGCAGCCCAAACCCCGCAGAGCAGAGCGGCCCACUUCUCUGGACCUGUCUGUCCUGGCCACACCACUGGGUGAGGCCGCGGGACCCGGGGAGAAGAUAAGGAGGCGCGUGAAGACGCCCUACUCCCUGAAGCAGCUGCGGCCGGCCUCAUGGGUCAUCUCCACCGAUGCCCUGGACGCGGAGCUCAACAACAACAGACACGGCCACCCCCAGGGUCAGAGCCAGGCCCGGCCCGCCGGCCGCCAACGGCCCAAAUCCAGCGCCGCCGUCUUCCUAGUGGAAGGGGCAGCGGCCACAGCCCCCCUGACCUCUGACCCCUCCAGAAUGACCUGCCUGUGACCUGUGACCUGUGGCAUGUCAUAAUGGGUUGUGUGUUGUGCUGGAAGAUGUUUUGCAAGUCAUUUUCUUCACUUGAGAAAAAAAAGCCUAUUUAAAAUGACGAAAGCACUCCAAAAACCUCAAGCAAGUGCAUAAUUCCUAUUCCUUUUGUACUUUUGCAGCGCUAUGCAGAAACAUUGGCUUUAAAUCCUCCCAUCACUUUUGUUGUUCAUAUGCAUUUUUCCAUAUUGAUUUGUAUUGUAUAUGCCUGUUUAAAAUGUUUCGGGGUCUUUGUUGCACUCUUUAACUAAGCAAGUUAAGUCUGUCUCCUGUGACCACGUAAAAAUUGGCCUCAGACCUUAAAGGAGAAGAACGUGACAAUGUGCUGGUUUUACAAAGUAGACUGUGCAUAGAGGCCUGCGUGAAUCGGCAUGAUAUAUCCAGCUGGAUACAGCAAACCAUUGUGGACUGUGGUGCUGUUUCAGAUUUUAACUUUAUGUUAAGCAGAUUCGCAUUUAUGUAUUUGUAUGUAUUUCAUACAUACAAUUACAUUUCAUGUAAUUACUGUGUAUCCUUC